AUGUCACGCCCUCGUCGAUCGGUAGUAGCUCAGCCAGAAGCAGAUCGAGACUCGAAUGUCGAUCCUGACUACCUCGCUCUAAGCGCAAAACAGCGAAGGAAUAUUGACAGAGCUUUCAAUAGAGGGAUACAGAUACUAGAAGCAAGAGGGAGGAAAAGAAGGAAGGUUCAACAUUCGCCAGCGCCCAAGAAGAACGAACAAGGGGGCUUUGUAGAUGAUGUUGAAGGAGGGGGGUUCAUGGUGGAAGAUGCUGGUGGUGAAGGGGGAUUCGUACCUGACGAUGAAGGGGGUGGGGUCAUGUCAGAAGAUAACGAUGGAGGAGGAUUCAUGAUGGAUGAUGAUGAUCAAGCAGGAGGAGGUUUCCUACCAGAUGAUCAAGAAGAUCAAACCUCAUCGACAAAUACUGGAAAACGAAUACCAUUGCAUCUCCUUCCUUCUUUACUUAGCUCAUUGGGUCUACCGUCCGAUGAAGAUGUGCUGGCGGUUUUCAAAGCUUCUGCAUCGGGAUGGGAAGACGAUGGGGAAGACAACUCACGUCGAACAGGUAAAAGGGGAGCAGGAGCGGAGGGGGAGGAAGAAGGAGGUGCAGGAGUGGAAUUGAAAGACUUCAGAGCUGUUUGUGCGGCUUUAAUGGGUCCGGACGAUGACAACGGUGAUGGUGAGGAAGAUGAGGAUGAGGAUGACUUUGAAAUACCUUCAGAAGAAUCUGAAUUAUCAUCUUUGUCAGGAUCGGAAUAUGGUGAAGACAAUGAUAAUAUUUCCCGAACCAAAGGGAAGAACAAAAGUGGGAAUAAAGUCAAAUCGAGAGAUUUUGCUGAAAUCGAAUCCGAAUCACAAUCACCUAUAUCUAAACGGAAAGGAAGGAAAGGAAAGAAUCUAGAUAUCGACUCAAGUGGAAGAAUCAAAUUGAGUUCAAGACAGAAAGAAUUAGCUAAAGAUAUUUGGGAAAUGUUGAAACCCCCUUCGUCCACCAGGAAAGGUGAAGGCUACGUGUUAGGUAGAGAUGAAGUGAAGAAGUGGGUUAGAGAGCUGGGUGAGAUGUGGACGGACGAAGAGAUUACGGAAAUGGUCAGCCUCUUCUCCACGCAACAUGAAGCUAGAGGAUUAUCAUUUGAUGAUUUUGGGGGUGUCAUGUUACGAGCUGGAUUAGUUUGA